AUGUUUCUGUUUCGUGUUCCUCUGUUUGUUUGUUUGUUGUUUAACCCUAGAGCAGAAUCUAGUAUUAUAGAUACCCUGGUCGUUCAGACGGACCAGGGAAAUGUCCGAGGGUUUUCAAAACUGGUUUUAGGAAAGAAACUGUAUGUUUUCUAUGGUAUACCGUAUGCACAACCACCUCUUGGGAAACUUAGGUUUAAGAAGCCCCGGCCCUCCAGUUCUUGGAAAGGAGUUUUUGACGCAACAACGCCUCCUAAUACAUGCGUACAGGAGAAAAAUGAAUAUUUUCCUGGUUUCCAGGGAGAGGAGAUGUGGAAUCCAAAUACUUUAAUUUCAGAGGAUUGUUUAUAUUUGAAUAUCUGGGUUCCUGCCAGUAUUCUAGAAUCAGAUAAACUUUCUCCAGUACUCACAUGGAUAUAUGGUGGAUAUUUUCUUCUUCAGGCAAACAUAAAAAGUUUUCGAGGAGAUGGAAACGAGAUAACACUGUUCGGGGAAUCUGCAGGGGCUGGUUGUGUGUCAACUCAUCUUAUUUCUCCAGUUAGUCGUCAUAUACCAAAGCGAGCUGUUCUACAGUCUGGAGCUAUUAACGCUCCAUGGAGUAACAUUAGUCCUCAGAAAUCAUUGGAAAUUUCUGAAGCAUUGAUUCAGGAUUGUGGGUGUCAGGAUGGAAGCUACAAGGAGCGGAUGCAGUGUAUGCUAGACCUUCCAGCCAGUAAUAUUAGUAAAGCUCAGUGGAACUCAUACUGGGGAAUACUUGGUUUCCCCUCAUCCCCCACAGUAGAUGGAGAAUUCCUGCCCAGGCAUCCUUGGGAGAUGUUGCUAGAUGGAGAUUUUAGUAAAAUUGACAUUAUUAUUGGAACUAAUCAGGAUGAAGGAACAUUUUUUAUCCUGUAUGAUUUCCUGAAUUACUUCAAGAAAGAUAACCCCAGUUUCCUGACCCGGGAAAAUUUUGUCAAGGUGGUGGAAGAAAUAUUUCUUAAACAAUGGCCUGUCUCAACCAUAGAGAUGGAGGCCAUAAAAUACCAGUACACUGACUGGGAGCAGGUGAAUGAUGGAUUCUUGAAUCAGAAAAUGAUUGGAGAUCUAGUUGGAGACUUCUUUUUUGUUUGUCCAUGCAACUUCUUCGCUAGCCAGUAUGCCGAGCAUGGGAAUAAGGUUUACUACUACUACUUCAACCAUGUAAGUAUGGGCUGA